AUGCUGGGGAGAAUUAAACAGUGGGCAGUGAAGUUUCUGAGCUAUGCAGGAAGAUUACAAUUGAUCAAAAGUGUACUUAUUGCUAUACAGUCUUUCUGGUCACAAAUUUUUCCUUUGCCAAAAAAGAUCAUUCAACUGGUUGAAGGCACUUGUAGGAAGUUCCUAUGGACUGGUGAUACUAGUUCGAGCACGAAGGCUUCAUUGGCAUGGGACAAGCUGUGCAGGCCUAAAACUAAAGGAGGAUUAAAUGUCACAGACCUCGGUACAUGGAAUAGGGCAGCUUUACUGAAACAUCUAUGGAGCUUGGGCAAAAAGAAGGAUAAGCUAUGGAUCAAAUGGAUACUGCAAGCUGGGAAAUACUUGAAUGAAGCAGGUUUGGACACUGGAAGGGUAAUGCAAACUGAUUCGUUUUCCAUUAGAGGAAUGUACAAGCAACUAAGAGGGGUAUUUCUAAAGGGGAGUUUAUAUACAAAAGAUAGAUUGAUUAGAUGGGGGAUGCAAGUAAGCCCAGAAUGUCCAUUAUGUGAGCAUGAGAUGGAAAGUCACAACCAUAUCUUCUUUACUUGUUCUUUCUCAAAAGAUGUUUGGAGAAGAAUAAUAAAUUGGAUGGGUAUCAGUCGAGAACUAGAAGGAUGGGAUGAGGAGAUCAAAUGGGCAAUAGAACAGGUGAAAGACAACGGAUCCAAAACCAUGUUGUACAGGCUGAGUAUGACCGGAGCAAUGUAUCACAUAUGGCUGGAAAGAAAUAGAAGGAUCUUUCAGAAGAUUAAAAGAAGCAGUGAAGAUAUUACUACACAAAUAGUUAGAGAUAUUCAUUAUAUAGGCUAUAGCCAUAGUAGAUUGAGGAAUAGUUUACAAAAGCUCAACUAUUAUCCUUAG